UUUUUUUGGGGGGGGGGGGGGGGGGGGGGGGAGUCUGUUUACCAGCUUGGUCGGAGUUUGAAUCCUUUUUCCUAUUUUCAGCCCUUCUAUUUUGGGAAAUGUCAUGCUCAACAGCCUGUUGGUGGGGAUUUUUCCUCCACAAACCCAAAAACUUUCGUGGACCAACCUCUUCAAUUUUCUUCUCCAGAUCUCCCAACUAUUCCUUUUCCGGUGAACUUUCCCACCGGUUCUGCAAUUGCUUUUCCGGGAAAAUCAAAUCCAUUUCAUCCCCUCCAACAUGUGUCUAUACAGAUCAUCUCAUGUUCUGAAUCAACAACAUAUUGAUUGACGUAGAGAGCUUGAUGAAUUCUCUGUAGACCUUAUUCUGAAGGUAAUUUCCAGAUUUUAUCGUUCAUCUAGAGAUCAAUAAGCAGUCCAGGCUAGGGCCUGAAUAGGCUGGGUUCUCUUGUUGUGGCAACAAUAGAGUGGCAUAGGAUUUCAUUCAUUCACCUUGUAUUGAACAAAACCCGGCCAAACUGUGACCAUGUCAUAUGAAAUUUCCUCAUCCAGAGCCCGAUCACUCUCCUUGUCUCACAAUCCAUUAGGUCAGAAAGUAGCAGAUGAACCCGUAACCCCAAAAAAUGCACAAAGUAGUGUCACCUGCAUCUACGUGACCCACAUUGGUGGCUACUGGCACAACGUGACGGUGCUAUGGUCUAAGAACCUGAUGAACUAUUCAUUCACCAUUUCAGUGGACAGCAUGGGAAGUGAUUAUAACUACUCUUGCAAGGUUGAUCUCAAGCCUUGGCACUUCUGGAGCAAAAAAGGGUAUAAGAGCUUUGAUGUUGAUGGCAACGAAGUCAAGGUUUAUUGGGAUUUGCAGGCAGCCAAGUUCUCCGGUGGGCCAGAGCCGAGUUCAGAUUUCUAUGUUGCCCUAGUUUCUGAGGAGGAGGUGGUGCUGUUGCUGGGAGAUUACAAGAAGAAGGCUUACAAGAGGACCAAGUCAAGGCCAGCCUUGGUUGAAGCAAAGUUGUUUUAUAAGAAGGAACAUGUGUUCAAUAAGAAAAGCUUCUCGACCAGGGCCAAGUUUGAUCAGACAGUAAAAGAACAUGAAAUUGUUGUGGAGAGUGCAACAUCAGGGCCUAGAGAUCCUGAGAUGUGGAUUAGUAUAGAUGGGAUUGUGGUUAUCCACAUUAGAAACUUGCAGUGGAAGUUCAGGGGGAACCAGACUGUGUUAGUUAAUAAGUUACCUAUUCAAGUAUACUGGGAUGUGCAUGCUUGGUUGUUCUGCACCCCUGGAUCGGGCCAUGGCUUGUUCAUCUUCAAGCCUGGUGCACCAGAACCCGACGGGGACAAGGAGGAGAACAGCCAAAGUGACAGUGAAAGCGACAAUAGUAGCAGCAAUAGUGGGUACUACUCAGUUGUCAGCCAUUCAAAAGACUCACAUUUCUGCCUUUUUCUGUAUGCAUGGAAGCUUGAAUGAAUUUGUAUCCUCAUCUCAGCAAUUGCCCCGAGACUGCACAAACCUUGGGAGGCAUAUGAAUCAAACCGUUGCUGCUCUAUAUUGGGUUCAAACCUGAUUGAUUUUUUACCAGCACAGUGUGCUUGGCAUCAUUGUAUAGAGAUGCACGGGUAAAUCUUCAUUUUGCAAUGGAUGGAUUGUUCUAAUCAUUCAAUACUCUA